GUUUCUGUCGACUCAGCUCCACUCGGUGACCCGGUCCGACUUGGGUCCGACGGCCAUGGAACUACAUGGGUUUGUCAGCAUGAAGAGUCCUCAGUCGAUCGCUCCUCUGUGUUGUAUUCGUCUACGUACUGGCACUUGGUCGAGAUACGUGGCACAAAAUUUUAUUAUUGCAGUCGCUUUGUUUCUUAUUAACGAUCACUGAACUUCCAGCAGCUCUGAAGUAACUCACCAGCAGACCUUUCGCGAUCAUGAGUGACAGAUUACCGAAGGAUGGUCAUAGUUGCAAGAUCCGGAAUGUCUUUUACAACACCCAGCACGCGGACUUGGAACGCGGUAGCUCUGCGGUUGGCACUCCCAUCACAGGGCACACGGAUGAUGGCUCCUCUGAAGGGGGUGAUAACCGCACUUUCAUGGUCUCAUACACGGGAGGAGCUGAGGAUCUCGUAACAAUCAUCAAUCUAAAGAGCAAGACUUAUGCUUCGGCUGAUACCCUGGGAAUGAAACUCGAAGGUAACGGCUCGCCCGUGGUAUACCAAUUGAUCGAAUCCCAAUUGUCCCAGGGCGAGUUUAUCAUCCGCAAGCAAAACACCAACUUUGUGUGGUACCUUGAUAGCGACUGGAACAAAACUCAGAUCAGAAUUGUUUCAACUCCUGCUGAGACUGACAAGAAGCAAUACUGGAAGUUCGUGCAACAGGAAUGAGUUUCACAUGGGAAGAGACUCCGUUGCUAUCAAGUUGUUUACCGGUGAAAGUCUACUCAUUUUACAUGUCCGCGGUCGUGAUGUAGAGAAUAAAUGUUGUGAUGUGCAACCAGAAUAUCCCCUCCUGCGCGUUCCAAUACUCACUUUGCGAAAGAAACGC